AUGGAGGGAAGGUACAAACCAAUAGCCGCCGGGUGCCCGGCCGGCCGGCGACGACCAGGAGGCGAAUUAAGCAGUGCGCGGCCGGGAGCGCGCGUGCGCGUGGCGAUGGCGGAGCCGUCGGUGAAGCGCUUGGCGCGCCUGGCGAUCACGGCGCUGCUCCUCGCCGUGAUGGCGAUCUCCGCCGUCGCGCUGCUGCUGCUCGUCUGCCCCUCGUCCACCCUCUGCUCGGCGGCCGCCGGGUGGUCCGCCCUGCUGGCGGCGCCCAGGACGUCGAAGCUCCGGGCCUGCGGGGGCACCGAGGCGUGCGACAUCUUCGAGGGGGAGUGGGUUUGGGACGACAGCUACCCGCUCUACGACUCCAAGGACUGCCCCUUCCUCGACGGCGGCUUCCGGUGCUCCGAGAACGGCCGCCCGGACAAGUCCUACACCAAGUGGCGCUGGCAGCCGUCAUGCUGCGAUCUCCCCAGAUUUGAUGCUAAACGUAUGCUCGAGAGGCUACGGAACAAGAGAGUGGUAUUCGCCGGGGAUUCGAUCGGAAGGAACCAGUGGGAGUCUCUGCUUUGUAUGCUCUCUACAGGUGUUUCAGACAAGAGCUCCAUCUACGAGAUCAAUGGCAGACCCAUCACGAAGCACGAUGGCUUCUUCAUAUUCAGGUUUAGAGACUACAAUUGCACCGUGGAGUAUUACAGGUCUCCUUUCCUAGUCCCUCAAGGUCAUGGACCAGCUGGAGCACCCAAGUUUGUUAAGAGCACUAUCAGGGUGGAUUCCAUGGACUGGAUGUCUGGCAGGCGUAAGUGGAGAGAUGCUGAUCUGCUGAUCUUCAACUCUGGUCAUUGGUGGACCAAGAACAAAACAACCGAAUGGGGUGCCUACUUCCGAGAAGGAGAUGAGGUGAAGAUGGAUAUGAGUGUCAAUGAUGCUUACAGAAGGUCAAUACAUACACUGUUCGACUGGCUUCACAGAGAAGUUAACUCGACCAAAACCCAGGCCAUCUUCCGGACCUAUUCUCCUAGUCACUUCAGCGGUGGUGACUGGAAUACCGGAGGGGACUGUCAGCUGGAAACACUUCCAGAUAAGACACCCGUUAAAUCGAUGGAGCAAUGGGCCGACAUGCUAAAACCCGUCAUCGAUGUUCUAGGGAGCAACCACAGGCCCAAGCUGGCUGGGUUGGAUAUACUGGAUGUGACUCGGAUGACGGCCCAACGAAAAGACGGCCACCUCUCGGUCUUCAGAAAUUCUGCAAGUUCAAGGCAAGCCUUUCUGAACAAAACAUCAGAGGUCAAAGAGGUGGAGGAUUGCAGCCACUGGUGCCUGCCUGGUGUCCCUGACACCUGGAAUGAGCUUCUCUACGCCCUCUUCAUGAGAAGGCAAAUGAGGUUGGACCGAAAUGACACCGAUUCUGAACUGAACACUGACUGGCAAAGUGUAGGGGAUAUAUCUACCUGAUGCUCUCCUGCUGAAGAGGGGAUUUAGUGCAGUAGGUUAUACUAUCCCAGUUCUAAAAUAAGUGUGUCAAUUUUGUUAGGUAUGAAUGUAUCUAGACAUAUUUUAGUUGUACGUAUACCUGUAUCUAAAAAAACUGAGACACUUAUUUUGGAUGGAGGAAGUUAA